GAGGACUGCUGGACGGAAGGGUAGCGAGAGGAGCAAGAUCAUGCUCUGCAUGGCAACCAAGCUGAACGCAUAGUCUGCUGUUCGGCCUUGGAAAUGCUCGGUCUCCAAGCUGUUGGACUGUUGGUAGAGCAAUAUCGUCGUGAAGAUCAAUGACAAGCCCUUGGGACCGAGGCAGAAGCAGCUCGGCAGUCGCCAGAUCUGUGCUCGACGUGUCACCCAGGGCCAGUAGAGAACGAUGGACUGGGGUCGGACGAUGGUGAGGAUGCUGCCGAGUGUCACGGCGAGCAUACUGCCCACCACCGUCCUGGUCACUGGCGGUAUCCGUCUGAGCUCGUCCAUGGUGCGCAACUGGCCGCUUGUCAAUGACGAAGCCAAGUCGAUCGACGCGACGGUGCCGACCAUGUCGUGAUCAGUUCGCUGGACUCGGAGACGGGAUGGCCAAGGUCAGGCGGUCAUCGAAGCUCAGCAAAGCACUGGCAGGGCAGCAAGUGGCUCAGGCGCGCAGAGAGGCAGAAAUUGCUCGUCGUGAGCGCGAAGAGGCUCGAGCCGAAGCUUUGAGAAGCGGCAAAAGUACUCAGAAGCUUGUUUUCGCAAAAGGCAAGGCGAAGCAGGUCUCCCAGUCUGUGCUCCCGUUCAACAAAAACGAUAGCAUCCUACUCGUCGGCGAGGCAAAUUUCUCAUUUGCGCUGUCACUUUUCGAGCAUCACCUUCCUGAAAGCGCUAGGCGCCUGGUCGCCACAUCUUUCGACUCACUAGAGACGGCACGCACCAAGUACGACGAUCUGGACGCCAAUGUAGCCAAGCUCACGGAGCGAGGUAUGACGGUCUUAUUUGACGUAGAUGCGACUCGUCUCGACAAAUGCAAAGCUCUGAAGGGCAAGCGAUUCGACAGGAUCGUCUUCAACUUUCCGCACACCGGCUCGGGAGAGAAAGACCAGGCGCGCAAUGUUCGAACCAACCAAGUCUUGCUGCUCGGCUUCUUGCGUUCUGCGGCCGAUUUCCUGACCGAAGGUGAUGCAUCUCUCAUUCUACCGAAAGAUGGCAAGCCUCAAGGCAAGAAGCGAGCUCGGACAGACGAUGAAGACGAGCUUGCAGAGCAAGCGUCGCUCGCAAGCCGGCAGCGACUCGCUAUGGCUGACAAAGAGUUGAAGCAUGCUAUUGGAACACGAGAGCUUGAUCAGGAUGAGCUUGACGACUUGCUCGAGGCCGAACAAGAUGCGCCUGAGCAUGAACAGGAAGAACACAAGAAGCCAGGCACGAUUCUGAUCACGCUGAGGAACACGCUGCCAUAUACUCUGUGGGAUGUGCCUAUGCUCGCUCGAAGAGGUCACAAGCUAGUGCCGACUGUCAUGCCCAUGCCACUCAACAGGACUGCGCACCUCCAGCCAGCUUAUGCGACCGUUCGCUCGUUCGCUUUCCAGCCCAGUCUCUACCCCGGCUAUGCCCAUCGACGAACCAUAGGCUUCCAGAAGGGUAUCAGUACACUCAACUCUGAAGAUGUCUUCUUGCCAUCGAAAUAUCGUAAGCAGGACGAUCGAGCAGACGACGCGAGGGACAGGAGCAAGCAAAACGACGUGAGGACAUGGGAGUUUGCACUUGUUGCCAGCCAACAAUGACACGAUCGACCUGCGAUGCGAUCGACGCUGGCAAUGCUCAGUCUGAAUCCUCGUCAUCCUCUUCGCCGGCUUUGUCCUCACCCCCGCUCUCGUUGGCGUAGACAGCGAGCGCUUGGCAGAUCUACCGACGUACGUCAGAUCGCACCACAAGCUGCGAGCGGCGGCUUACCUUCCCGUUAAAAUCAACACGGAGCGCUUCGCCCUUUGCUUUGAGCUCGGGCGUUGGCGAGCGUGCGACCAACGUCUUGGCGAGCGCCUCUUGAGCCUUUCCGAGCUGCGACAAGUUCAUUUUGACUAGACCGCCGACGUGCAGCUUGCCUGAUAGAUGGGGUUUGAGUGCAGCGAUUGCAUCCAAAUUCUUCGC